AUGGCGGGAGGGGGGGGGGGGGGGGGGCAGAAUCUCGGGCAUAUUGUGAAGGGGCUGGCGCUUGGUGCGUCGGAUGUUAUGAUGGGGGGAUUGCUUGCUGGUAUGACCGAGUCUCCUGGGGAGUUUUUGGUCAGUAAGGAUGGACAGUUGGUGAAGGCGUACCGAGGUAUUGGCAGUAUUGCCGUGAUGGAGGAUAAGAAGACUGGAAGCAUUGCCGGGGCGUCGCGGUAUUUUUCUGAGAAUGACAAGGUGAAGGUUGCGCAGGAUGUUGCUGGAUCUGUUGUUGAUCGGGGGUCUGUUACUAAGUUUUUGCCUUAUCUUAUUGCUGCGGUGCAGCACUCGCUUCAGGAUAUUGGUGUUAAGAGCUUGGAUGCGCUGCGGCAGGGAGUUCAUAGUGGUGUGGUCCGGUUUGAGAUGAGGAGUGCUGGUGCGCAGGCUGAGGGGAAUGUUAACGGUUUGCAUAGCUAA